ACGAGGAUUUUAAUCGCCAACUAGAAAUGUGUAAUUUAAGCGUCAAACUGAGGAACCAGGUGAUCACAGCGUGACAUUGAAAGGAAUGAUAUAAAACGAUGGGAAUCCGUUAAUCGAUCAUCAGUCGACAGAAGCGAGUAUAUCGGAAGCCAUGAAAGGAGCCUUGGUCUGCGCGGUGCUGACGGCGCUGGCGGCGCGCGCGUGGGGCAUGGACGACGAGAUGGCGGAGCUGGCCAAGAUGCUGCACGACAACUGCGGCGAGGAGACGGGCGUGGACCUGGGGCUCGUGGACCAGGUGAACGCGGGCGCGGACCUGAUGCCGGACGCGAAGCUCAAGUGCUACAUCAAGUGCAUCAUGGAGACGGCGGGCAUGAUGUCGGCGGGCGAGAUGGACGUGGAGGCGGUGCUGGCGCUGCUGCCGGACGACUUGCGGCGCAAGAACGAGGCGUCGCUGCGCGCGUGCGGCACCCAGCGCGGCGCCGACGACUGCGACACCGCCUUCCUCACGCAGGUCUGCUGGCAGAAGGCCAACAAGGCGGACUACUUCCUCAUAUAGUCACACUUGUCCGCCAGCCGCCACCACUCCAGAAUACAUUUUUACCAUCUAAAUUUCUUCUAUAUGUUACCGGUGAUUUUACUCUGUUAUUCAUAAACAACAAUUUUUAAUGCUCUCAAUUCCUUCAAAAUUACAACUAUUUACUUUAUUAUGGCUUUGAUAUGAUUUGAGUAAGUAUAGAAUUUUCAAUUAAGUGCCUACCUAAUACCUGCUAGAAGAAUCAAAUUUGGAAACUUAGAAUAUUUUUUUACAAUAAGGAUGUGUAAUCAGUGCAGUAUUAAUAUAAUAUCUUAUUUACAUUUUAAUUGUUGACUUUAAUUUCAUUGCUAUGAUAAUUAAUAAUUUCGUAGUAGGUUAAUUAAUGACUGAUUGUUGUUAAAUAUCAUACCUAUAUUAUAAAAAUUUAAAUAGGUAGGAAAUAAAAUGAAAAGUCAUUUAAAAUAAAAUAUAGCUAACUAUUCAAAACUUUUACACCCAAAUCAAAAAUUUUAUUUACCAAAAAUGAAAAUCAAUUUAAUCAUUUUGUAAAUUGGAAAAAGAAACAUAUGACUCAUAAUGAUAAUGAUUUGAAAGUAAGGCAUCUUGUCUCUAGAAAGCAAUCUCAUCAGAGAAACCGGGAGAGACAGUUAUUAAAAAUAAUUUAUGGUCCAAAACCAAUUUAAAUAAAAUUUUCAUUAAUAAAA